ACGUGCAAAAUGUGAUUAUAGGGUCAUGACACUACAGCAACUGGUCUGUGUUUCACUCUAGCAUUAUUAGCUGAGCAUAAGGAUAUUCAGAAUCGUGUCAGGAGCGAAGUCGAUACCGCUUUGCAAAAGAAUGGGGAGAAAUUUACUACGAAAUUAUUGCAAGAAUUACCAUAUUUAGAGAGAUGCAUAAAGGAAUCAUUACGCUUAUAUCCCAGUGUGUAUAUGAUGUCACGAAACACUGGGGAAGAUGUAGAAUUAUCCUCAUAUUUAGUACCUGCUGGAACAUACGUGCAUCUUGACAUUUUCGGAGUCCACAGAGAUCCUAAUUUUUGGCCAAACCCAGAAGUAUUCGAUCCCGAUAGAUUUUUGCCCGAGAAAAUCCGAAAUCGUCAUCCUUAUUCAUACAUACCAUUCAGUGCGGGACCACGUAACUGUAUCGGCCAACGAUUUGCUAUGCUGGAAAUGAAGGCUAUGAUAGCACCUCUAAUACAUAAUUUCUACGUCGAGCCUAUUGAUUAUUUAAAAAAUAUUCAAAUGCAAAUUGAUUUGGUUCUUCGACCUGUUCCUCCAUUUCGUGUAAGAUUUGUUCCUGUCCGUGAAACGAAUGCAAGACUUUGGAGCAAAUAACAGUUUAUGAACAUAGGUGAAAGUAAAGGUAAGACUCUAUUUGCCUACAAAACUAUUUUGUAGGUAACGCUAACAGUGUAAUAGUAACAUUUGUUAUCAGCGGUCACAAAAAUUGAAAUAUAAAUAAAACGUAAUAAAUACAAGAUAUAUAUUAUAAAUAAAUAAUUAUUUUAU